GCGUACCCGGAAACGUAUGACAACAUUACCCCAGUCAGCUGACCCGUUUGUGUAUAUGUAGGCGAUAAGCAGCAUCGUGACAAGUUUUUGCCCACUUUUUUUUCUGAUCUAUCUGUUUUAAAAACAACUUUCUACCGCCGGAGUGCGAGAGCGGCCAUGUUACGACCGAAGGCUUUGACGCAGGUGCUGAGCCAAGCCAACACAAACGGAGUCCAGAGCACGCUAUUGCUCAACAACGAAGGGUCUCUUCUGGCCUACUCGGGCUACGGGGACACGGACGCUCGCGUCACCGCCGCCAUCGCCAGCAACAUCUGGGCGGCCUACGACAAAAACGGCCACCAGGCCUUCAACGAGGACAAACUCAAAUUCAUACUCAUGGAUUGCCUGGAGGGAAGAGUGGCCAUCACGCGAGUGGCCAACCUGCUCCUGUGCAUGUACGCCAAAGAGACGGUGGGCUUUGGAAUGCUCAAAGCUAAGGCCGAGGCACUGGUACAGUACCUGGAGGAACCGUUGACCCAAGUGGCAGCAUCCUAGUGGGAUGGGGCCGUGCUGGUUCACCUUGUGUGGCUUUGAACUCAUGACUGCGAGUCCCGUUUCGUCUUUAUUUAAUCUGCGCAUAAAGUUGUUGAUGCCAUUAGCAAUUAUUGUGCGUUUGUUUAGUUGUACGUAAGGCACAGUUUUGUUAUGACAGUAUGGAAGCUCCAUGAAUACCAUUAUUAUCGAUUUCUAAAAUGCUGUUGAAAUGCAAUUUCAUUCUGAUUUAUAUGCUUUGGUUCAAAUAUGUACAGUAAAAAAUGUCUGAUUAUA